AUGCGUCCGGACCAAGCGGCCAUCGCGGCUGGCGCUUUGAUACCGACGACGCCAGCGCAUGAGCUUGGAAGCGCAGGCGAUGUCGCAGACGGCUGUGCGACAAAUUGCGUCGCACAGUCGCCGCAAACGACGACGAACGACGACGCUGGCGACGUCGCAGCAGGCGCGGAGGACCUGCGUGCGGGGAAAUCGACAUGCGUCGCAGCGGUUGCCGCCAAGGACACGGGCGACGCAUGCGACGAGUCGGCUUCUGAAGGCACGAUGUCGACGCGAGUCGACGACGACGCAGCAAAUCCCACUGCGGGGACAUGCAUGCAUGCGCGUGCGCCGGCGGCGGAUAUGGAGGUCGCAGCCUGGGGGAGUGCGGGCGAGAUGGCCGCGCAGGAAGCGGAUUUGGGGCUGCGGGGAACGGGGCGACGGGGAAGUAGCAGUGGGCUGGGAUGCCCGUUUUCUGCACCCCCGCACCUCCCUCCCUUCCCCCUCCCCCCAACCUCCCUCCCUCCUCCCUCCCCCCUCCCUCCCCCCUCCCUCCCCCCUCCCUCCUCGCUCCUCGUCCCCUGCCGUCCAGUAUCCCCUCGCUUUUCUCUAUCCUUGGUUCCUCCAACACCUCUCCUUCUUGAUCGUUCUCCCUUCAUCUUGCCUCCGUCUAAUGCAUCAAUUCCCCUCCCUCUUCCCCACCAUAUAACCUCAAUUCCCCUCCCUCUUCCCCACCAUAUCCCCUCCCCUCCCUCUGCUCCCUCCCCUCCCUCUCCCGCCCCUGUGUCCCUUGUUCUCGCGUCUCUUGGGACUUCCGUCCCACCUUGCCUCCCGUCUCCCCUCAUCUCUUCCUUCCUCGCCCUUCCCUUCCGCCCCUCUCCCCCGCUUCUCCCCCCCCUCACCUUUCCCCCGCUUCUCCCCCCCCUCACCUUUCCCCCGCUUCUCCCCCCCCUCACCUUUCCCCCGCUUCUCCCCCCCCUCACCUCUCCCCCGCUUCUCCCCCCCCUCACCUCUCCCCCGCUUCUCCCCCCCCUCACCUCUCCCCCGCUUCUCCUCCCCCUCACCUCUCCCCCGCUUCUCCCCCCCCUCACCUUUCCCCCGCUUCUCUCCCUAUCUCGCCUCUCCCCCUCGCCUUGUCUCUUCCCGCCUCGCGUCCUUCUCGCCCCUUUCCACCUUGUCGUUCUCGCCUCUUCCCGCCUUGUCUGCUGCAGCAACCCUGACCUGCACCGAGUGCCAGCUCUGCUACAGGACCUGCUUCACGUGCACGCGGCUCUGAGCAACGCUUGCACUAGUGGAACGCGCGUGUGGGUGCAACCGGAGUUUGCUGGUGCUGCUGCUGCUGAUGGUGGUGGUGGUGGUGGUGGUGGCGAUGCUACCGACGUGGGUGCAGCUGAGAAUCGUGAUGGGGAUUCUGGCAAGAAAGGCGAUGGCAGUGGCGACGAUAAUGGGGAUGGGGAUGAGGCACAAGACCCUAACACCACCGACGCUGCUGCUCCUGCUCCUGCAACCGCCACCACCACUGCUGCUGCUGCAGCUGGUGGCAUGAGCAAUAGCAGCAACGGAGGUAUUGCAAUGGAGGUGAUAUAUGAAUCGCCUCACAAAGAGAAUCAAGCUCAAGCUCAAGGGAAGACAUCAGAGGAAGGGCAGGAGGAGGAAACACUACAGGCGGGACCCGGGAGGAGACCAGAGGAUAUGGGAAUAUUAGAGGAUGGGGAUUUGAAAGCCAUGGAUAUGACGAUGCGGGGAACGGCGUAUGAGGCGCAGCAGGAGUUGAAGUUGUAUGGAGAUAUGCGGAUGGAGGUGCGGGAAGUGGUACAAGUGGAAAUGCACGAGGAGGUUCGGGAGGAGGUUCGGCACCAAGCUACGUCGUGUGCUCCUCCUGCUCUUUUCCCCAUGCCUUCUCGCCACCCUGUGCCUGCUCUUCCCACCGCCACCACCGCAGCCACCGCCACCACCGUCACUGCUAUCACCAACGCCACUGCUCCUGCUCCUGCUGCUGUUCCUGCAACUGCGACUGCCAGGACUGGCACGAGCAGCAUUCAUCUCCGCCGGAGCGCCUCUCUUCCCUGUCUCCCCCCCAUGCAACCCCCAAGUACCUUGACAUCAACCUUGGCCUUCCCCCGAACCACCAGCAGCAGCCUCGGGAGCUGCUCGCCCGAGCCUAGCGUGAAGGCUGGGCCCGAGGCUGUGACUCCAGGCUCGGCGGAGGAGCCGCUGCAGAGGAAACGGAGGCCGCCUGUAGAGAGAAUUGCUCUGCUGGAGGGAAGUCCUGUGAAGAGCCCUAGAAGGCGCCUUUUCCUGCUUGAGAGACGGACAGCAGCAGCAGCUGCUGCAUCUGCUGCUGCUGCUGCGGCGGCUGCCCCUGCUGUCCCCCCUCCCUCUCCUGCCCCUGCUGCUGCGGCAGCGGCGGCGGCGGCGGCAACGGCGGCGGUGGCGGCUCCUGCUGCUCCUACUGCUGCGGCUGUUGCUGGAGCACAGAGAGAGGGUCUGACAGGAGUGAGAGGAGAGGGUCUAGAGUAUGGAACGGCCAAGUGCAGCGCGUCCUCUGGCUUUCAGAGCGCGAGAACAGCAUCUGGCAGUGGGGGUGUCACACCAUCAUCACUCACACAGUCGGUCACACACAGCGGCGGCGGUGGCGGUGGUGGUGUGAGUGCGAUGAUGUCGGGGAGCCUUCUGAAAGCCACUGCUGCUCUGUCCAUGGCUGUAUCUACUGCUGCCUCUGGUACUGCUGCUGCUUCUGCUUUCGCUGCUGCUGCUGUGCCCUCACCUCUCGCCUCCACGCCGGUUUCUCGCCUGUCGAUUGGAUCGAUGGGUGGGGGAGGAGGAGGAGGAGCAGGAGGAGGUUCUAUGUACCCUGUUCUCAAAGCUUCGUCUGCUGCUGCGGCUGCUGAUACGCUUGCAGCAGGGGUGUUUGGGACCAUCCAAAGAACUUCUACCAUAGCCACUGCUCCGCUUGCCUCUCCUGCUGCUGCUGCUGCUGCUGCUGCUGCUGCUUCCCCAUUUACUACAACUGUACGAUCUGCAUCUGCUGCCGCUGCUGCUGGUGGUGGUGGUGCUGCUGCUGCUGCUGCUGCUGCAGUUCCCUUGACUCCCGGCUCCCCUGCUACUCUCUCCCGAAGACCCAAGCUUGCUCCCAACAGCCGGCGCAGCCGCCCGAGUCUACGAGUCGAAAUACCCCCAGUCAGAUGGGCUAAUCUGGGGCCGCCCCCGCUGCCCCCCGCCGCUCUCCCGCCCCCUCUGAGGCAAGUCGUGUCAGCGGAACCGGGAAAAGCGGAGGGAGGGGAAGGAGGAGGGGAGAGAGGAGAGGGGUCGGGGAGGGGAGGGGAGAGCAGAGGAGAGGUCAUGAGGAGGCGAGUGAAGGCGAGGACUCCUGGUGGGUCGUUGUUCCGUGGGGUGAGCAGUGGGAUAGAUGGAGAUUUGUGGCUGAGGCCGCAUAAGGAGGGAGAGGAGGGGGAGGUGGGGGAGGAGUUGGGUGGGGAGGAAGAGGAGGGGGAGGAGGGGGAGGAGGAGGGAAGGAGAGGGAAAGGGGAGGGAAUGGAUGUGGAAGCUGCGCUGGCUAGUGUGGAAGCUUCGCUGAGAGAAAGAGGGGUGGUAGGAGGAUGGGGAGGGGGCGAGGGGGGUGGGGAUGGAGGGGGGAAGGAGGCACAGGGAGGCAGCAGAAUGAGGAGUGUCGAUGAGAGAUCUGCUGAUGAGGGGAGUGCAGAAGUGGGUGCGGGACAGUCUAUUCUAACACCACGAGUUGCACCACCAACAGUGCUGCCGUCGCCACCAGCACUAACAGCAGCACCAGGAUCAGCAGCAGCAGGAACAGCAGCAGCAGCAGCAGCAGCAGCGUUGACAGCUGCGCUUUCGUUGCACGGAACGGGAGGAGAAGAGUGCUCUGGGCUGAUCUCUUCUAUGGCUCUCCUCUCUCCCUCCUCCUUCCUUCUCUCCCCGUCUUUUGGCACCCACUAUCCCCUCUCCCCGGUGCACUUCCUAGGGGGGUCUCGCCGGUUCCCGCCCACCGACUCCCAUUACCCGUUUGGAAGCUCCCCUCCUUCCGCCUCCGCGUAA